AUCGGUGGCAUUUCCAGUUUUUCUACAUUCGCGUCAAGCGCGUGUCUGGAUGACAAGACCUGUUGUCGUUCACGUUCAGUUGCAUUUCCAACACGGCCGGUAAACCAUCGAAUCUUCUUCAUCAUGAGACUCAACCAAGUAUUAUCACGAACGCUUGCAUGCGCAUUGUUGUGCACGACGUUGAUCGUCUCAAUCAGAGGUCUAGUUGACGAUAGCGUCAAGGGAAGACGAUUUAUAUGCCAUUAUACGACAUGGUCCCGUACGCGGCAAAAUGACGGGGCAUACACGAUCGAAGACAUCCCGGGGGACCUUUGUUCUCACGUGGUCUAUAACUUUGUGGCAGUGCACGAAAAAACCUACGAAGUAACUGCAAUGCAACCCGAUUUCGAUAUUGGAGAAAAGGGUUUCCGCCGCUUCGCAGCAUUGAAAGAUAAGCACCCGAACUUGAAACUGCUGGCUGCCAUCGGCGGUUGGGGUCAUGGGGGUGAGAAGUUCAGCAAAAUGACUGAAACCCGGGAUAGGAGAAAGCGAUUUGUGGCAAGUGCAGUGAAAUUUUUACACAAAUACGGAUUUGAUGGAUUAGAAGUGGUUUGGUUGUACCCAGGAAACUUUGAGCGCGGCGGUAGUGUGAAUGACAAGGACAACUUCUACUAUUUGGUGCGAGAGCUUCAAAAAGCAUUUACGGACGCAGGACGGGAUUGGGAAGUAAGCGUGCAGGUACCGGCGGAUAAGUCACGACUCGAUGUCGGAUACCAGAUCGAUGCCCUUUGCGAGGCAGCGGACUUCAUUCAUGUUAUUGGCUACGAUUUGCGUGGAUGGUGGAAUAAUUUUGCAGACGUGCACAGCCCAAUGUCGGAUCGUCAACAUGACGAAGGUAACUUCGUAGGACUUAACGUUGAAAAUGGAGUCAAUCAUUGGUUACACGGUGGCUGUCUCCCCAGUAAAGUAGUUCUUGGCGUCCCGCUGUUCGGUCGAACAUAUCUUCUGGAUACUCCGGAGGGGAAUAGUGUCGGAUCCCCAACCAUUGGCGCAGGAUCUGCUGGAGAAUACACCAAUGAACCAGGAUACCUCGGAUAUUGUGAAAUUUGUACAAUGCUCCCGAAUAUGACAGUUCAGUGGGAUGAGAAAGCCCAAUGCCCUUAUGCCUUCAAUACAAUCGAGUGGGUUGGUUACGAAGACGAACGAUCACUCAGGGCUAAAAUAGAUUGGGCGGUGCAAAAUCGCCUGGCUGGAAUAUAUGCUUUCUCGCUCGAUUUGGACGACUAUCGCGGACAUUGCGGAAAACCAUAUCCCUUGACCAGGGUUGUCCAUAAGUAUUAUGAAGAAACUAAAAAGGAUACUCUCGUUGUAUGGCCUUGAACGAAUUGAGGUGUGUUAAAAAUGUGAUCCUAUUUAUACUCUGUUAUGUUUUAUUCUACAUGUUACCAACAAGUGCGACGAAAACUAUAUAAUUACGAGCUAAAAAUAAAUCCCAGCCAAUUACUACGACAAACGAGAUGACAAUAAUAACCAAAAUGCACGCUCAGAGGAUUCUCUUUUUGGCACUUAAACUGUUCGUUUGAUACUAUCUACAGCGAGAAUAUAG